AUGGCUAGUAGCGGUUCAAAGCGUAAAUUAAGUGCAAAAACUUAUAAAGAGAAGUAUGAAAUCAUAAAGUACACGGUGGCCAAUCCAGGUCUAACAAAGAUGGAGAUUGCAGCAAAAUUUGGCAUCAAAGGGCCAAUAUUAUUCGAUAUUAUGAAAAACAAACAGAAGGUUAUCGAUGCCAUUGAGAAAGGUGAGACUGUGGACACAAGGACAGGGUCAGUUAAACGAAUCAAGCACGUAUCGUUUGAAAAUGUUGACUCUGCACUCAUAAAAUGGUUUCGUCAGGUUAAUUCUAAACCUGAAAUCCGGGUUGAUGGUGAGAUGCUGUUAGUCAAGGCACGCCAGUUUGCUGCAGAUUUGGGGUAUGACAACGUAGAGAAAAUCAGUGACGGUUGGAUCGAAAGAUUUAAAACGAGGUAUGAAAUUGGAAAAGUAUUAAAGGCAGGCGAGUCUGGUGGUGUCUGUACAGAAGUCGUUGUGGAAUGGAAAACCGGUAAACUGAAGGACAUUUUGAAGCGUUACAAAGAGAAGGACAUUUUCAACGCAGAUGAAACUGGGCUGUUUUAUCUGAUGCUCCCAGAGAAUACCCUCGGCUUUCUUGGUCAGUCCCAUCAUGGGACCAAAGAAAGCAAGGUCAGGAUUACGUUGCUAGUAGCAGCUAACAUGGAUGGAUCAGAAAAGUUACCCAUGUACAUGAUAGGGAAGAGCAAAAAUCCGAGGGCUUUCAAGAAUGUAGGAAGUUUGCCGGUUUCAUAUUGUGUGAACAAAAAAGCUUGGAUGACGUCAACGCUGUUCGACGACUGGUUGAAGAAGCUUGAUCGACAAAUGGCAAAGGAGAAACGAAAGAUCUGCAUGGUGAUUGACAACUGCCCUGCGCACCCCAACUACGAGCAUGAGAACAUCGAACUUGUCUUUUUGCCACCUGGAACUACAAGCCAUACACAGCCUAUGGAUGGCGGGGUAAUCAAGAAUUUUAAGUUUCACUAUCGCAGGAUUCUUGCAACCCGACGUCUGGAUGCAGCUGAGCAGGGAGUCCCCCUGAAAUGGGACCUACUUGACACGCUGUACGCUGUAAAAACAGCAUGGGGACGUGUAAAACAGUCAACCAUUGCCAACUGCUUCCGCUCUGUGGGAUUUGUCGCUGAAAAUGAUGAUGUCGGUGAUGGACCAGAAAUUGAUCGUGACAACCUGGAGGUGGUCGAAGAUGAGGAGGAGACAAGGGAGUUUCGUAACGUUUGGGAUAGGCUCAAGGAUUUCUUCGGGGCUGAUGCCAUGCCAUUCUUUGGAGACUAUGUUGAUGUUGACAGUAAUGAUACGGGGACCAAAGAACAACUAACUGAUGCGGAAAUUGUCGAGUCUGUCAGGGCUGAGACUACUGCUGACGAUGAAUCUGAGGAUGAGGUCCAGUUGGCCGGUACUAGUGAUGGGUCUUCUACCAGCACUGAAAACCCUCCUCCUACUAUUCAUGAUGCAUUCAAGGCCCUUGAUGUCUUGAAGCGAUUUGCUUUAACAGUGCCCGAGUGUCCUUCCGAUAUCAUUGACCUGGGAGAUCAGUAUGAAAACUUUUUGGUUUGUGAAAUGCCAAAAAGGAUGCGGCAAACAACUCUUGAUGACUUCUUUAGGCAGGGGGACAAGUAG